GGCGGGAUUAUUAUGGGCUGUGGGCGCCGCCGCCGCCGCUGCUGAGGAGCAAGAUGGAGCUGUCUGCAGUGGGGGAGCGCGUCUUCGCCGCCGAGUCCAUCAUCAAGCGGCGCAUCCGAAAGGGGCGCAUCGAAUACCUGGUGAAAUGGAAAGGCUGGGCCAUCAAGUACAGCACCUGGGAACCCGAGGAGAACAUCCUGGACUCCCGCCUCAUCGCCGCCUUCGAGCAGAAGGAACGAGAGCGUGAGCUGUAUGGGCCCAAGAAGAGAGGACCUAAGCCUAAAACUUUUCUUCUGAAGGCUCGGGCCCAAGCGGAGGCCCUCCACAUUGGGGAUGUACACUUUUCUGUCAAGCCUGGUUCUAGCACCUCCUCUCCCAAGCUCCACUCCAGCGCCGCAGUGCAUCGGCUCAAAAAAGACAUCCGGCGAUGCCACCGCAUGUCGCGGCGCCCCCUGCCUCGCCCGGACCCCCAGAACGGUGGGGGCGUGGGUGGUGGGGCCGGCAUCCGUCCGCCCGUCUCGCCCUUCUCGGAGACCGUCCGCAUCAUCAACCGUAAGGUCAAACCCCGCGAGCCCAAGCGCAGCCGCAUCAUCCUCAACCUCAAAGUCAUUGACAAAGGUGGGAAACCAGCCAACGGGGCCGGGGGCCUGGCCCGGCCCAAGAUCCCCUCCCGAAACCGCGUCAUCGGCAAGAGCAAAAAGUUCAGCGAGAGCGUGCUCCGCACCCAGAUCCGCCACAUGAAGUUCGGCAGCUUUUCACUCUACAACAAGCCGUCCACUGCGCCUGCCCCGUCUCUGGAGGGCAAAGGGGAGGCUGAAGGCUCCCAGGCAGCCUCCUGCGGGCUCAUUAUGGGCUCCACCCCCUACGAUGCUCCCAGCUCCAGCUCCUCAGGCUGCCCGUCGCCUGCCCCCCACUCCUCCUCUGACCCAGAUGAUUCCCCUCCAAAGCUGCUCCCCGAGACCCUCAGCCCAGCCAUCCCCGACUGGCGCGAGUCAGAGGUCCUCGACCUCUCGAUCCCACCCGAGUCGGCUGCCACCAGCAAGCGUUCUCCCUCAGGAGGGUGCAGUGGGGGGCAGACGCCCUCCUUGUCCCUCUCUUCUGACCCGGAGCAGGAGGCUGGCGACUGGCGUCCCGAGAUGUCUCCAUGCUCAAAUGUGGUGGUCACAGAUGUCACCAGCAACCUCCUCACUGUCACCAUCAAGGAGUUCUGCAACGCGGAGGAUUUUGAGAAGGUGGCGGCAGGCAGCAGUGGCAGCGGAGGUGGCAGCAAGUGAGCAGCCAGGUCCCCCCACUCCAAGAGCGUGGGGGAAACUCUACCUGCAAGAAGUCUGGUGCGAAUGGCUGUCCUUAGUUCUCUCCUUCUCCCCUUGGCUGUCCUUCUGCCCUAACUGCCACCCUUCCUCCUCCUUUCCUCCUGCCCACUCUCUCUUGCCUGGAGGCUGGAGUGUGUCAGUGGUGGGGAGCAAGGCCACCCACUGUUCCUGGGUGUCGCUGCUUCUGGGAGGAGGCAGGGAAGGUUGUGGAGGGGCUGGGGAGUGGUUGUUUGUCCUUGAAUGUGGUGUUGUCCAACGGGCAGUGGAGCCUUUUGAGGAUAAGGGAUGGGUGAGUGUGUGUCUGUAGGAAUGGUGGGGAAGGUGCUCUUCCUUCUCCUUCCCCUUCUGUCUUUGACAAAAACUGAAGAAUUGCUCCAGACCCUUGAUGGGAGGAUGUAAGAGGAUUGGAGCCCUUGCCCAUGCCCCCCAAGCCUUCUCCCAUAAUGUGCAUGCAGUCUCUUCCAUUCCUAUGUUUCCCCCUUUGUCACUACUCUGAUCCUGCCAUUCUCUCCCUUCUUGGCCAGGGGCCUGGAUCUGCCCUCUCCUCUGCUGUCCUCUUGGCAGUUGCUGAUCCAGACAUUCCCAGAGCAAGGAAGAGAGUGGCAGGUGAAGCACCAUGCCUGGAAGGUGCUUGAGACAAAGCAGGGGUGAUGGGGGAUGCCCCAUGCAGCAUACACCCCAUAUUUGCUUCCCUUUGACUAUUGGUGCUACCUUGGCAGUUGUAUGGGCCCUUUCAGGUGCCCUGAUCCCACAUCCUCUUCCUCUUCUGCAUCUUCCAAUUUAUUCAGCUCUGCAAGGGGAAGGGAAGAAAAGGGAAGUCAGAUUCUGGCCCAGAUCUUUCUCCUGGUGUUCAUCACUUGCACUUGCUUGGGGGAGAGGGCAUUAAAUGCCCUUCCCCAGCCUACCCGUGGUGGAAGUGAGGGUGAGCUGUGCAUGCAUCCAUCAGUCUGGGGAAGAUGUGCCAACAGCGUGAUGCUGCCUCAGCCUGGCGAGGCUGGUCUCCUCUGUGGGUAUAAACUUCCCCAGGCUCCUGCUCCCCACUGUACCCUUGGGAGGAGAGAAGGAUGAAUGCUAAGGCAGGUCAUUUGCUCUUCUGACUUCCUUCAUUCUCUUGCUCUCCCUUCCCUGUGGUGGAUGGCCUGGAAAAUGGCUCCCCUCUGUCUUUUCAGCAUCUGAAGCAGCCCUUACAACUGUCAACCAAAGGUGCUAAUAAGAAACACCUGUCUUUCUCACAUUGUAUGCAUGUGUACAAGAUCUAUUCCCUCACAGCUCCUGCGAGCUGGUCUAGAAUUCCUUCUCUUCACCCCUAGCAAGUAGGAACAAGCAAGACCACAGCUUGCUGUUCUUUACCCACAGCUCCCCCUUACCCUAAGCACCCUUGUUCACAUAAAAAAAUAAGCUCUCUUUUGCCUGCCAUUUCUGGCUUGCUCCAUUUCUGUGUGGUUCUGAAGCUUCACAGUGAGAUGCCCUUCUUUUGCUCUCCCUUCUUCCCCUACAGGACUCAGCCUGUAGGGGCAAGGAAAGAGGUGCUGAUAAUCGGUGGGAGAGCCUCACUCUCUCAGCCCUGUCCCUGCUAUCCAGGAUGGGGCAGAGGUGUCACUUCUACACAACAUGCUGCAGAGGUCAAAAGGGUGGAAAAAAUUCCCCGUGCCAGGGCUCACCUACUGACAAACUUGCCCUGGGCGGGUGAACACAAGUGGAAUUGGCCCCUCUGGUGCUUCCGCAGGAGGAUGCUCAGGAGCUGCUGGCUCUGAGGAGUGCUCUUGUGGAGUAGUGAUUUUGUGGUUGCAGUGGUCUGAGGGUAGAAGGGAGGCAGUUUGUGGGAGGGAGGUAACAUUUGUCUGCCCAAGGCACAUUGUUGGAGCGGUAGAGACAUAGACCAGCUUCUGACCUUAAUUAGGGCUUGUGUGCCCAGAGCUGGUCUUUCUCUUCCUCCAGUGCCCACAUUGGUGUAAUAACAUCUUUGAUGCCCUCCUCACAAGCCUUGUCUCACAGCGGGUGGCAUUCAGAGUGGUGGGACACAGUGAAUUCACACCAGCUGUGGUUGGGUGUCUUGCACAGACAGUCUGAGGGGAAUUCCAGGUGCUGUUCUAGGUGCACCACCCUUUGUACACCUCUCUCUUUUUCUUUCCUUGGUUAAAGAGCUUAGUGGACUCUUCGGGGAUGUGGUUUCAUUCACAGCUGAAGCUAGGGGUAGGGAGAAAGACUUCUCUAAUCCAUUCACCAAGCUAAGGCUUCCUAUAACUUGUUGGACUCGUGUGUGUGUCUGUAUUAAUACCUGCCUGUAUUUUUUGUGUCUCUAGUUUCUUUUGCAUCUUUCCUGUGCCUGGCACACCGAGGGAUCCCUUAUUUUAGCAUAGCCUACCCAUUGGACUGCAGCUUCAAAGAUGAGCAGUUUGUAGGCAUAGGGAAAAGCUUUUCCUUAGGGAAACAGUGAGGAGAUUCUUCUUUGUCUCCCCUCUUCCCCUUCUCAACAAGAACUAUUCUGUGGCUGUGAGAUAAGAGGAGCUUCUUUAUGGGGUGGAUGCAAACUGGCCAGUCACUUUAGGUUGUUGAGUUACUGUUUGGUGUGUAUGUGGUGAUGUGUUUUGCUUCGUGGUAUUGAGGUUCUGAAAAAAAAAAAAAAAGAAGCAUUUAAGUGGGAGAUAAAAGGGAACUUUAAUAGGAAACUUUUGAUGUAUUUUGGCCAAGGUGUGUUUGCUUGGCAGAAUUCUUUUCCCUGGUGUCUCUUGUAUGGUGUUCUUUGGGGGCAGGGGACAGGAACUGAUUAAUCGAAGGGGUUUUGCCUUUCCCCAGAGCGACAAGCAAAGGAACUGUCUGUGAAGAGCAGAACAGUGGGUCAUGGUAGGGGUACUUUGUGAGGACCUUCCUCCUAUGAUGAGGAGAUGAGGGGACUUGUUGUGGCAGAGGAACUCGUGCGGCAGAUCCUCUUUGUAGCGGAAGAAAGGAGUAGGAUCUGGCUUGGCUUACAGACACAGCUCGACUGCUUGUGUGACAAAUCCCUCCCUGGGUGGGUCGGUCACCAGGUGGGAACCAAACCCUGAACCUCUGGAUCUGAAGUGAGGAUCCUGCGCUGUUUUGACUCACUCAGAACAGUAGGUUUUGGCUAUCUCAGAACACUGCUGCAGCCUCAGGUGAAUGAGCCACUCGAGGCUGACUAACCUACCUUCGUAUUCACGUGGGUUGUACUCACCCUCCUGACUUUUUGCCCUUACUCCUUAGUGGAGAUGGGAUAGAAGAUCCAUCCGUGCCCUUUAAAAAGGACAUGGGGUUGAGGGAGGAGUUUAUUUGAAAGUAUCCCCUUCCCUUCCCUGUAACUCCUAGGAGAGAAAGAAGAAAAA